GCUGCUGUAGCAUCCGCACCGCCGCGGGAGCUGCGCCCGCACGGUGUGACACCGGUGAGGCCCGGGGGCGGGCGGGGUGACGGCCGCGCUGCAGGUGACACCGGUACCUCGGGCGCUGGCCAUGGAGCCGGGCACCAUCGACAACCUGUCCAUCCUGUACCAGAGCUCCGACUUCAUCGUGGUCAACAAGCACUGGGACCUGCGCAUCGACAGCAAGAUGUGGUACGAGACGCUGACCCUGCAGAGCCAGCUCAAGCACCGCUUCCCCGAGCUGGCCGACCCCGACACCUACUACGGCUUCAGGUUCUGCCACCAGCUGGAUUUCUCCACCAGCGGGGCCCUGUGUGUGGCACUCAACAAAGCGGCGGCGGGAAGUGCCUACAAGUGCUUCAAGGAGCGCCUGGUGACCAAAGCCUACCUGGCCCUGGUGAGGGGCCACGUGAGGCAGAGCCGGAUGACGAUCCGCUACGCCAUCGGGAAGAACACCACCGAGGGCAUGACCCACAUGAUGUGCAUCGAGGGGACAGAGGGCUGUGAGAACGCCAAGCCGUGCCAGUCGGAGCUGGUGGUGCUGGAACACGGGUCCUACAGCGGAGACCCCGUCACCAAAGUGCUGCUGCAGCCGCUGACAGGGAGGACUCACCAGCUCCGGGUUCACUGCAGCGCCGUCGGCCACCCCAUCGUGGGGGACUUCACCUACAGCCGCCGGCAGGACAGCAGUCCCUACAGGAUGAUGCUCCACGCCUACUACCUGCGCAUUCCCACCGGCAAGGAGCUGAUCGAGGUGUGCGCGCCCGACCCCUUCGUCACCGCCAUGGACGGCAACUGGGUGCCCCAGCACGUCACCCAGCGCCUGGAGGACGUCAUCCAGGAGCUCAAGGACGAGGGGACACGGAAGGAGAAGGAGGAGGAGGAGGAGGAGGAGAGGCGGGAGGCUGCCGGAGAGGAGGAGGCAGGGAGCGAAGGCAGGAGGGAGGAGACGGAGGAGCAGCGGGCGCGGUGCGAGCAGUGGUUGGCUGAGUGGGCUCUGGAGUGAGCGCGAAGCACAUCCCUGCGUUUCCAGCUGCACCCUUGUCCCUGCGGGUCCCCAGGGAGCCCAGCGCUGCCUCCACACCUGCACUCCCUGUCUGGCUUCCCUCGCUCCCGGGGCUGGCGUCAGGUGGAUUUUAGGAGCGGUUCGGGUGGGGCUCUUUUGGAAUGUCCGUCACCCAUCUGGCCACGGGACGUCCCUUUCCCAAUCCCCGGCCUCAGGAGCAGAGUCAGUGUCACAUUCCAGCUUAGAGUGACCCCAAAGCUUCCCAUCCCUGUCCUGGGCACAGCUGGACGCUGCCUUGGCCACGGGCGUUCCCACAAGAUCUCCGUGCACUGGGUGCAGAAUUGCAGCGGGGUGCAGCUCCAGUGCCCGUGUCCCCCGUUCCCAUUCCCUGCCUGCAGCUGCUGUGUCUGUGGGAGGUGGGAGAGUGGGGGCUGGAGCACGUCCUGGGGACGCUGAUGGUGCCCCAGUCCCGGGGUGUCCUGUGAAACUGGACUGGGAUGGGCGUGGGAAGGUCCCUGCCCCUCGCCCCCUCCCUCCCUCAGCCCACCUGGGGCGGUUUUAAAGGUUUGGUGAAGGUGAAGGAGUUGGUUCCGACGGAUUUUAAACUUUUUUCAAUUUUUUAGGAAGAGAAUCUAGUCUUUUAGGGUUUGUAAAAUACGGGUGGUCUCAGGAACGAGGUGUUUUCAGUACUUCUGUGGUCGGAUAGCCAGCAGCCCAAAGCUUUUUUUAAAGGAUUUUAUUAUUCUUCUACUAGCACUGCCUUUCCUGCUUUUAUCCCUGCUGAGACAGGUCAGAGGACACGAAUCCCUCUCUGCUCCCCCACUGAGGAGGGGUCAGGGUGCUGUGAGGGUCCCAUGCUCCUGCCUGGCAGCUCUCCAGAGGGUCCUGCAGGCAGGGCCUUCAGCUGGGCACUUUGGGAAAGCUCUGGAGCAGCAGGAAAAAGGAUAAAGCUGGAAGAAAGGCUGAGGACCGAUGGGAAGAGCAGGCAGGAGCUCAGCUUUGACAGAUGCCGAGAAAUUUCCUUGCUUUGCUGGCCGUCCUGCUUUGCUUCCCCCUUCCCUGCUCAUCCUCUGCAGCCCCCAAGGGACAUUUGGAAAUGAGGAGAACGGGGUGGGGCAGAGGAGCUGGAGCCGCACAGCCCCACCCCAGGGCCCUCGAGGACCACAUCAGCACCUGCGCAGAGCUGUCACCUCACCAGCCACAUCCCCUGUGAAAUACACCUGAUGUUCACGCAGCUGAGGGGAAAUAAAAAAUCACAGCCUUGUGGAUAAGGACAGGAGAGGAAAAUCCUGGAAAUUAAAAAAUCACAGCCUUCUCCUUGUGGAUAAACACAGGAGAGGAAAAUCCUGGGAAUUAAAAAUCACAGCCCUCUCCUUGUGGAUAAACACAGGAGAGAAAAAGCCUGGAAAUUAAAAAAUCACAGCCUUCUCCUUGUGGAUAAACACAGGAGAGGAAAAUCCUGGAAAUUAAAAAUCACAGCUUUCUCCUUGUGGAUAAACACAGGAGAGGAAAAUCCUGGAAAUUAAAAAAUCACAGCUUUCUCCUUGUGGAUAAACACAGGAGAGGAAAAUCCUGGGAAUUAAAAAUCACAGCCCUCUCCUUGUGGAUAAGCACAGGAGGGAAAAAUCCUGGGAAUUAAAAAUCACAGCCUUUGCGCGCUGCUUUUCCCCAACGCCGUGGAUCCGAAGGGAUUUUCCUUACCCUGCAGGAGUUUUCCGGGCGGGCUCGCUCCGGGGCUGUGUCCUCUCCUCUCCUCUCGUGCCCCGCGGGUUGUGCUGUGGCUCUGAUGUCUCCUGUGCGCUCUGCAGUUCCACUUCUGGUGUGUUUGCUGUAUUAAACGUGUCUCUGCCCGUCA